UGUCUCUACUGCCCCUGAAGAAGGGCGCGGAGCCAGGGGUGGUCUCGCCAGCGGUGGUCUCGCGGGAUGACAUCAACUCCCACGCGGUGUCGUCUCUCGCUUCCCGGGGUGGAUCUCCCCGGGCAAGGGCAGGGCAGGGCUGUCCCCAGGGAGACUGACACAGCGGGGAGGAACAGGCAGGUCCCUGCAAGUCAGGGGAGGCAGAGGAGCCUCCAAGACCUGUCCUGCAGGUUCCUCGGUGUUUCACCCACAAAACCCAAACAGCAGUGAACGCACUGGCGUGUGUUCCCGGGUCAGGGCCCCGGGAAGCUGAAGCCACCCGCCCUCACGCUGGCUCUGGAGGCCUGCACACCUCCCGCCAACGCACACUCAUGCACACACGUCACUCUCACACAGACACACGGCUACUGCGCGUAAAGGCUCUCCCGCCCCAACGGCUCACCCAGCCGUCCUGGAGGGGGUCACCCGUCCUGUCACAGCUGCUGGGGACUCCACAUCCUCCAGGAAGGGGAUGCCCCUCCUCCUGCAGGGUUCCCACGGCCCGAGCUCUUGAUCUAAACUCUGCUACACAGAGCAGUAGGCAGAGAUGAAACAGGUAAGACCGUGGGUCCAGGGAGUUCCCUAGACGGGUUUCUGCGCUGAGGGCUGACUUAGUAAACCCACGAGCCAGGCCAAGUUCACAGCUUCAGUCACCCAAUUCUACAUCCUCCUACCCCCUGGCAUCUUCAGGUGCUGCCUACUCCAGCCCAGUGCUUUCCAGUCUUCCUGCAGCUCCCAGGCAGGACUCCUCUGGGAUUGUAAAUGAAGGCUCCCCUCCUUCCUGGUGUCUCUGUAGAGAACCCUGGUCUGAAUAGAACGGAAUCAGAGAAACUGGGGAGUCAGAAAAGAGCAUUCUGCAGGGACAGGAAGCAUUCCCCUCAGCUCUAAAAUCACACUUUGAACCUUCAGUCAAUAAACAAGUCUCCGCACCACCUGUGCAACAGGCUCCGAAUGCAACCGGCUCCCUGCUUUUUGCCCGAAGCCAAAAGGCAGGCAGCCGCACCCUCGCCUAACGAUCUGCCAGCCACGCUGGGCUGGAGAGUGAUGACGCCCACAGUGCUGUUCUGGGAGAAUCCCACUCAAUUCUACCACCCUCUGCCCUCCACCAGCCCCGCCCCAUGGCAUGAGAGCUGGCCAGCAGCCCCGAGAGAGGACAGGAAGGCGGGACACAGCCCUCCCACUCCUCCAGGGCCUGCCGUGUCCACUGAGGGAGGCUCCUCUCCCCUUCCCACCCCUGUCUCUGAGAUUGGGGAAGCCCUCUUGAGCUCCCUCCCCAGCUUGGCCAGGGUCCCUGUGAGAGUCACAUGGGCAAAAGCCUCUGGGGUGCUGUGGUUGCCCAUCGGGAGUGGGUGAGGCCGGGGUGCCUGUCACCUCUCCUGGGCAGACCGGCUGCUCCAGUUCCCGCAUUUCUCGUCUGUGGCCCUCUGUCCCUCCCUAGGAGGAGGAUUUCACCCCAGGACGUGGGGUGGGUAGGCAGUCUUCCUGCUCCCUUUACUCGGAUUUUCAGAAAAGGAGGGGGUUCCCGUCCCAUGGCAAAGGCUGCCGCUGGAGCCCUGUCCUCAGACCGACACAGCCUCGGUCCCGCAGCCUGUCCCAGCUCUGACGUGAGCCCCUCGGGCGGGGUGACAGCAGGCUCAGAAGGAAGCUCCGUAGAAGGUGUGAGAGACAUGGCCGAGCAGCUGUCCACAGAGCAGGUGGCCGAGUUCAUGGAGGCCUUCGACAAGUUCGACAAGGACAAAGACGGUGCCAUCAACAUCCAGGAGCUGGGCGCCGUGAUGCAGGAGCUGGGCCUGGACCCGUCGGAGGCCGCGCUGAAGGUGUCUGUCGCCAGGGUGGAUGAGGACGGGGACGGUGUCAUCAGCUCCCAGGAGUUCCUGGCAGUGAUAGCCAAGGAGGUUCAGACCUGGGCCAGAGCGGAUGACCUGAGGACAGCCUUCCACGCCUUCGACCUGGACGGCAACGGCUACAUCAGCGUGGCUGAGCUCAAGCGGGCCAUGGCCCAGCUGGAGGAGGUGUCCCAGGAGGAGCUGGCCAUCCUCAUCCGGGAGGCUGACGUGGACGGGGAUGGGCAGGUGAACUACAAGGAGUUCGUGCGUGUCCUCACCCAGAAGUGAGGCCUCCCGACCGCCGCCUCCGCCUGCCCGACGGCGGGCCUGCUGCGUGGUUGGGCCCGGCUUCCGAGGUGGGGGCGCCAAGGGACAGCCUAGGUGGUGGGUGGGAGGCACCUCCCCGUGGGGACCCCUGGCCUCUCCUGGGCCUAGGAUCUGCUCUCUGCCCGGCAAGACCUCGUGUGCUUGUGUGAACGGGGUGCUCCCUACCUCGCAGGGCUGUUGGGAGGAGCCCCAAAGUGACGUGGUUAUCAGAAUAAAAGGGAUCUGAGCUCUGAGGUGGUGACACUGCGCUUGAACGGGGGGCGUCCAAGGGCCCCAGACGGUGGGGUUCCGUGGGGGACAUGGCUGGUAGACCACCCCUCCAUGCCCGUGGAUGAGAAGGCUGGCGAGCGCCACGGGGUGGGAGGGGGACGGAGGGGACCCGAGGGUCUGCCUGAGCUUCUGGUCAGGACCUGAGGCCGGAGCCGGGACCAAGGGCUGGGACAUACCUGCACCACAAAUGAAGUUUAUCAUUUUUUGUAUGUAGCCAA